GUUUUACUUCGAGUCCUUCGAGGGUUUUGUUUGCUUUAACCCAUAGAUGAAAAAUAUAGAGUACGGCAUUUAUCUAUUGCGCGUGGUUUCAGGUAUGUCAAACGCCGUAGUAAAUGGGCUGGCUGGAGCCGGCGGAGGUAUCGUAGCCCAAAUAAUUACUUUCCCGCUCCAGACGGUUAAUACUCGCCAGCAAACAGAAAGAGUUGCUAAGAAAGAUUCCACUUUGACUCCUGCCACCAGCCCUCCCAGCGGUACACUUGUUCAAAUUUUCCAGGUUAUCAGAAACGAGGGCUUGGGAGGACUUUACAGCGGCCUCAAACCUUCUCUACUUGGGACUGCUGCUUCACAGGGUAUCUACUAUUAUUUUUACCAGGCAUUCAAAAACAAAGCAGAGGCUAUUGCAGCUGCAAAUAGAAAAAAAGGACGUGGGGAUGGUUCUCCAGGAAUGCUUUCUUGGCUUCUUGUGGCAGCUCUUGCUGGGUCACUAAAUGUACUGCUGACAAACCCGAUAUGGGUUCUUGUGACUCGUAUGCAGACACAAACUCAAGCGGAACGAAAAAUUGUGGAGGCAAAAAGGGAAGCUCUAUUAAAGGAAGCUUCAGAAAAUGUUCUGACAUAUUCUUCUUUGCAAGGCCACUUGGCUGCACUAGAUUCAAUAAAGCCUCAACCAUAUGGGACGUUUCAAGCGGCAUGCGAAGUUUAUAAUGAAUCAGGAAUAACUGGAUUCUGGAAAGGCAUUAUUCCAACCCUAAUCAUGUAUUUGACAUGCCAGGUCUGCAACCCAUCAAUACAGUUCAUGAUCUAUGAGACUUCAUUGAAGUAUCUGAGGGCUAAGAGAGCUACUUGGAAGCAGCAUCUAAAGGAUAUAACUGCUUUGGAGAAAUUUUUGGAAGUCCAGAUUUUUUUACUGGGGGCCUUGGCAAAACUUGGAGCUACUGUGUCUACAUACCCCUUGUUGGUUGUUAAGUCAAGGCUUCAAGCAAAGCAAGAGAUUGGAGGAAAUACCCUGCUAAGAUAUUCAGGUACACUAGAUGCCAUCGUUAAGAUGAUCCACUAUGAAGGGCUUGGCUGUUUCUACAAAGGGAUGAGCACAAAGAUAGUACAGAGUGUCUUUGCGGCGUCUGUACUUUUCAUGAUAAAGGAGGAGCUUGUUAAGGCCUUUGCACUCGUAGCAAAAAGCCAGAAGAUUUCAUUGAACAUAGCGAGAUAAUCUUUUCUGAAGAAUAACUUUAAAAGGCUGUCUUGUAUGUCAACAAAACGAACUAAUUGUAUCUCAGGAAGCCAUGUAUUAUUGUAGAAGUUGAAAUUUAUAGAUGCCACGUUCUAAGUUGUAUUUGGCUUGGGAGCCAUUCACAUUUAUGAAGUGUCUAUCCAACCAAUUGCUAGAAAACCAGCCUGUCCUUGGGUUCCCAAACAAGGUAACUGUAGAUUUUGCUGUCUUAUAAGAAAUUCUAGGGCAUAUGAACGUUUGUUGACAAUCGUGGCUAUGCCAGGGUGUCUCCGUCUGGACCAUGGCACAUGCACAAGACAUGCUUCAGCUUGCUGUGCGAUGCUGAUGGGACACUGUUCUUAAGGCUCUUACAUCCGAAUAUUCCAGUCUUAGUGAAGCAGAAUAUUGUUCUCAAAAUCCUCCGGGACUCCAGAACUUAUACAAGAUUUUGGAAGCUUUUUCCUCUGUAUUCCAUGUGACUUUUUAACGGGGUAUGCCGUUUUGCGAUUGUAUUCAACUGAUAAACUAAUGAAAUUACAAUUUUAUUUACAA